ACCGAGGAGUACGUCAUAGGAAACAGCCAAAGUUUCGAGGUGACGGUUGCUAGCUCCAGUGAUCGAGGGCGGCAAUUGUCAAAUCAUAUGAGGUACAUAUAUCGACAGACACUCCUACCUUGGCCUACUUCUUUCCAUCUUCACUACCACACACAAAUCACACAAAAUGGCACCUUCAGCAACAACACACGCCCCCGACGGCAAGCAGAACGGUGAUCUCUACCGCGACUACAGCGACGACCGCAAUGCAGCCAGCGAGGACACCCUUUACACAACCACCAAUGGUGUCCCGAUGCCUCACCCCUAUGAGGUGCAGCGUGUUGGCGAGAAUGGACCUCUCCUUCUCCAGGACUUCCACUUGGUAGACCUCCUCUCCCACUUCGACCGCGAGCGUAUUCCCGAGCGUGUCGUUCACGCCAAGGGUGGUGGUGCCCACGGUUUCUACCAGACCACCGACCCUCUCGACGACCUCUGCAUGGCCGACAUCUUCCAGGCCGGCAAGAAGUGCCCCAUCACUGUCAGAUUCUCUACCGUUGGUGGUGAGUCUGGCUCGCACGACUGCGCCAGAGACCCUCGUGGUUUCUCGGUCAAGUUCCGUACCGACGAAGGUAACUGGGAUGUCGUUGCCAACAACACCCCCGUCUUCUUCUUGAGAGACCCCGCCAAGUUCCCUCUCUUCAUCCACACCCAGAAGCGUGAUCCCGCCACCCACUUGACCCACGCCGAUGACUCGACCAUGUUCUGGGACUACUUGUCUCAGAACCCCGAGUCUGUCCACCAGGUCAUGAUUCUCAUGGGUGACCGUGGUAUCCCUGAGAACUGGCGCAAGAUGCACGGUUACUACGGCCACACCACCAAGCUCGUCAACAAGAAGGGCGAGUGGGUUUACGCUCAGAUCCACUUCAAGUCGAAGCAGGGUACUGGCUUCAUCACUCAGGAGGACUCUAACAACUACUCCCCUGACGCUCACCAGAAGGAUCUCUACAACGCCAUUGAGAACGGCGAGUUCCCUGGUUGGGAUGUCAAGGUCCAGACCAUGACUCCCAAGGAGGCCGAGGACCUCUGGGAGAACCAGAAGAUCAACGUCUUCGAUUUGACCCACGUCUGGCCUCAGAGCCAGUUCCCCCUCCGCAAGGUCGGAGAGUUCUUCUUGAACGAGAACGUCAAGAACUACUUCGCCGAGAUUGAGCAGAUCGCUUUCAACCCCGCACACAAUCCUCCCGGUAUUGAGCCGUCGGCCGACCCUGUCCUCCAGUCUCGUCUUUUCUCAUACCCCGACACCCACCGUCACCGUAUCGGUGUCAACUACCAGCAGUUGCCUGUUAACUCCCCUCGCACACCUUACAGGCUUUCGAAUUUCAACCGUGAUGGUGGUAUGGCUUUCUACAACCAGGGAUCCCGCCCUGCUUACCUCUCUUCGAUUUCGCCUCCUCAGUUCCGUGAGCGUACCCUCGACCUCGACAGAACUCACGGACACUUCUCAGGCAAGGCCAUCACCUUCCUGUCGGAGAUCCGUCCUGAGGACUUCAACGCUCCCCGUGUCUUGUGGGAGAAGGUCUUCGACGACGGUGCUAAGGAGCGUUUCAUCAACAACGUCUCUGGCCACAUGAGCACCUGCCGCAAGGAGGAGAUUAUCAAGCGCCAGAUUACCAUCUUCCGCAUGGUUUCCGAGGACUUGGCCAGCCGUCUCGAGAAGGCUACUGGUGUCAAGGGCUACGCCGACAUCAGCACCCUUCAGUUCAAUGGCACACACAACAGCUUUGCCACUGACAAGAGCAAGAAGUAUGCCAAUGGACAGAUCCCUGUUCGCACAGACUCGAGCAUCGAGCCAAACAACGGCGCCCCUCGUGCCGGUACUCACGAUGAGUACUACAAGAAGUAAAAGGUGUUGGUAAUGUGUACAUAGCAAGUUUAUGAAUUUACGAAAGAUAUUUUCAACUUC